GUUACAUAAACUGGCUCUUUUACAGCCCGCAUGUUUUGGUCGAUCUAGUAAACAUGACCGGGGUGUGCAGAAUUUCUCGGAUUUUCGCCAAUAGAACACAAAAUUUGGUUCCCCUUUCGAGGGCUAGCGUGUUUUCGAUCCGCCUCGGCAGCUGUUGCGUGACGUGCUCCAGGAACGGCAGCAGCUCGGCGUGGAAGAAGCGAUUCGCGCUCGCCUCACCCUGCUCCCAGUUAGGCCAGUAUCGGCUUUUCCACAAGUCGAGUCCUUUGAGUGCGGCCAAGAAGGAUUAUUACCAGGCGCUCGGCAUCGCCCGAAAUGCCAGUGUGAAGGAUAUUAAAAAAGCUUAUUACCAGUUGGCCAAAAAGUACCACCCUGACACCAACAAAGACGACCCUGACGCCGGCAAGAAGUUCCAGGAAGUCUCGGAGGCUUACGAAGUUUUGAGUGACGAAACGAAAAGGAAAGAAUACGACACAUGGGGCUCGACCUCAGAGCAAAUGGGCAUGGGUGGCGGCCCGCGUGCAGGGGGUCGAGGCUCCACAGGGAUGGGCGAAGGCUUCGGCGGCAACUGGAACUUCACAUCAAACGUGGAUCCUGAGGAGCUGUUCCGUAAAAUUUUCGGAGAUUCUGGAUUCAAGUCUGGCUUUGGCGAUUAUGAGGAUUUUGCUGAUUCUCAAUUUGGAUACGGUGCAGCUCAAGAGGUGGUAAUGAAUUUGACGUUUUCCCAAGCUGCUAGAGGUGUCAACAAAGACAUUAAUGUAAACGUAAUCGACACAUGUCCCAAGUGCAACGGGUCAAAAUGCGAAUUGGGAACAAAAGCCAUUGAUUGUCCAAAUUGUAGAGGAACAGGAAUGGAGACUGUUAACAGAGGGCCGUUCUUCGUGAGGGCCACGUGUCGGCAAUGCCACGGCACUAGCAAGUUCAUCAAAUUUCCCUGUACUGAGUGUCACGGGAAGGGAAACACUGUCCAAAGAAAGAGAGUUACUGUUCCAGUUCCGGCAGGCGUUGAAAAUGGGCAAACGGUUCGCAUGCCUGUUGGCAAAAGAGAGAUUUUCAUCACAUUCAGAGUAGAAAAGUCUGACUACUUUAAGAGAGAUGGCUCCGACAUCCACACUGAAGCAAACAUUUCCCUCGCGCAAGCAGCCCUGGGCGGCACCAUUCGCCUUCAGGGCAUUUACGAAGACCAAACAGUACAGAUUAUGCCAGGCACGUCUUCCCACACUAGAAUUCGACUAACUGGAAAGGGUCUGAAGAAAGUGAACUCGUACGGCUACGGAGACCACUACGUGCACUUGAAAAUCAAGAUUCCUCGCAGUUUUAAUCCAAAGCAAAGGGCCCUCCUUCUGGCCUACGCAGAGGUCGAGGACGACACGCCUGGCGUCAUUCUCGGAGUCUCGCAGCAGAAAGACGGUCGGAGAACGAAAGGCAAUCCCAUGGCAGGUUCAGAGGACCAGAAACAAAAAGACGAACAGGAAACGGGAUUUCUGAGCAAAAUUAAGAAAGCUAUUUUUGGUUAAAUUACUGCCGGUUAUAGUAACUGAGGUUCCAAAUUAUGUGUGGAUGAUCCUAACGGGCUGGUUUCAAGCGUGCGGGACGCGCUCAAUGGAGGAGGAAGAAAAGCUAUUGAAGCCGCCGAAACUCUUUCAGACGACGAAGAAACGAAAAGAGAGAAGGUCUGAAUGUUUGUAAAAGGUGAUAUAGUUAUGUUGGAAUUCCGCACAGCCUCUAUAGUGUUACUUCCGUAAUAAAUAAAUAAAUAAAUUGAGUUAA